UGCAUGUAUUAUUGCCAGUGGGUCUAAUCAAGCAUUGGAGACGCCUAAUCAAGUACACACCGAGACGAGUUGACCCGAGAGGCACAAAUCACUCCGGCCGGAUCCACAAUACUUGCUGCUUCUCUCUUUCGUCUCCGGCUCUCUGCGGCGACUACUAACGGUUUGCGGCGGCCACAUCGCAAAGAACUGGAUCAAUUCUCCACUAGUUCACCUUGGGUAGCUGUUGCAAAGGACUCUGCAAGUUGGAUUUGAGCAGCUCCUUUCAGGGUACCAUUCUUCUAUUUCUGCUUUGGAAAACUAUAAAGGGUGCACUGCAUAUCCGCACAGUAAUCAAUCGGGUUCUGGUUUUGCUCCUUCGGUCUUGUUGUGUGCAUUGCAGAGUUUCAACCCAAGGGCAAGCGAGAGCAGAUACGGAUAAAGGUUGUGAUAUGGAGGUUGCCGCUGGGGCGUUGAGCCCCGUCCUCCGUAAGCUUGGUGAGCUACUCGCCGGAGAAUACAACCUGGAGAAGCGAGUAAAGAAAGGCGUACAAUCGCUCCUAAUAGAGCUGGAGAUGAUGCACGCCAUACUUCGCAAGGUUAGCGAGGUGCCAUCAGACCAACUCGAGGAGCCGGUCCGGAUUUGGGCUGGCAAGGUGAGAGACCUCUCUUGCGACAUGGAAGACGCUGUUGAUGACUUCCUGGUGCGCGUGGAUGAGGGCUCAAGCAGAAAGCCAACGAACAUGAGGAAUCGAGUGAAUAAGUUCCUCAAGAAGACCACCAAACUCUUUGGUAAAGGCAAGGCACUUCAUCAAAUCUGUGAUGCCAUUGAAGAAGCUCAAGAUCUUGCCAAGCAGUUGGCGGACCUGCGUAAAAGAUACGAGCUUGACAUGCAUAGCAGUAGUAAUGGUGCUACCAUUGACCCCCGCGUUUUAGCUCUGCAUAAAGAUGUAGGGGAGCUUGUUGGCGUUGACUACACAAGGGAUGAGCUUAUCAAAACACUGAUUUGUGAGGACGGGAGUUCUAAUGAGCAAUUGAAAACGAUCCCUAUUGUUGGUGUUGGCGGGCUGGGCAAGACAACGCUCACCAAAGCAGUCUAUGAGAAGAUCAAAGCCCAAUUUGAUUGUGUGGCUUUUGUCUCUGUGGGUCAGAACCCAGAUAUCAAGAAAGUUUUCAAGGACUUGCUCUAUGGCCUUGACAAUGGAAAGUUCAGUGACAUUCAUAAUACAACAAGGGAUGAAAAUCUACUCAUCAAGCAAAUCAGUGAUUACCUUGUGGAUAAGAGGUACCUCAUCGUAAUCGAUGAUAUAUGGGAAGAAGAAAUAUGGAGAUUUAUAAAUUGUGCUUUGUAUAAAAACAACCUCCAUAGUCGGGUAAUCACAACAACCCGCAAUGUGUGUGUGUCUGAAGCAUGUCUCUCUUCCAGUGAUGACAUGAUUCACCAAAUGAAACCACUUUCCGAUGAAGACUCACAGAUACUCUUCCAUCGAAGAAUAUUUCAAAGCGAGGAGAAAUGUCCAGAAGAUUUGCAAGCAGUAUCAAGAGAGAUAUUGAAGAAAUGUGCUGGUGUACCAUUAGCCAUUAUUACAAUAGCUAGCCUUCUAGUCAGUAACCAAAGGAUAAAGCAGAAAGAAGAAUGGAUGCAUGUGCACAGUUCGAUGGGCCGUGGAGUUACAGAAGGUGGUAUUGUGAAGGACAUGAAGAGGAUAUUAUCACUCAGCUAUUAUGAUUUGCCUUCGCAUCUAAAGCCUUGUUUGUUAUACCUAAGCAUGUUUCCUGAAGACUCUGAGAUUAAGAGAGAUUGGCUGAUAUGGAGGUGGCUUUCUGAAGGGUUUAUCCAAUGUGAUAAAGAAGAAACCAGGCUGUUUGAGAUCGGAGAGAGCUACUACAAUGAGCUUCUGAACAGGAGCUUGAUCCAGCCAUCAAAAAUCAACGAGGAAGGAACGGUAGUAAGUUGCCGAAUACAUGAUAUGGUGCUUGACCUUAUAUUCUCAUUGUCAAGUGAGGAGAAUUUUAUCUCCAUAUUGGAUAAUGAUGAGUGGCAUGCAUCUAAUGUGCAUAGAAAAUUUCGCAGGUUAUCACUUCAUAAUAUCAAGGCAAAAGUUCAGAACCAUCAAUUAGAUAGCACUAGCCUAUCAAAAGUGAGGUCCUUUGCUGUUUUUUCUCCGGUUACUUGUGAUUGGUUGCCAUCUCUCUCAAGCUUCCAAUUUUUACGUGUGCUGGAUCUUGGAAAUUGUGGAAGUGGCUCUGGUAUCAGUCUCAAGUAUGUCGGAAAUUUAAUUCACCUAAGGUACCUAGGGCUCAGGAAUACAAAUGUUCGCGAACUCCCAAUUGACAUCGGCAAGUUGCAGCUUUUGCAGAUACUAGAUAUAAAAAAAACUCGUAUAAAAGAAUUACCUUCAAGUGUUGUUCAGCUAAGAAAAUUGAUAUGCCUAUAUGUCGAUCGUAGAGUGAUGCUGCCAAAAGGAAUGGGGAAUUUGGUAUACCUCCAAAUGUUGAAACGAGUAGACUUAUCCUCAUCUCCUCACAUUGUGAAAGAGCUGAGCUAUCUGACAGAGGUUACGAAACUCAUACUUUACUGCGACAAUAAGGACAUUGAUCUGGUCAAUAUGGAUAUGUUAAUUGAGUCCCUAGGCAACUUGCAAAAAUUGCGAAGUCUAUGGAUUAAUUUUGGUGGCAGACUGAAUGAUUGCAUGCGUGUAAGCUGGGUGCCCCCUCCACAACUUCAUACUUUUAAGUCAUGGAGCUUCAAAGAAGGGUCGUUCUCGCGACUUCCAAAGUGGGUUAAUUCAAGUUCGCUUCCCCACCUCUCCACCCUGGAAAUAGACGUGGAAGAACUGCAAGGGGAAGACAUUCAGAUCAUUGGGAUGCUGCCUGCUCUUCGGUUUCUGCGGCUGCGUGCAAGUCGCGUGAUGGGAACGUUGGUUGUGAGGGCCGAUGCAUUCAGAUAUGCGAGAUGCUGCAAGUUCUUCGGGUUUCUGACUUCGCCGUGCCUUUUUCCACCUGGAGCUAUGCCAAGGGUUCAACACCUUGAGUUCAGGGUCUCCGCACUGUCGAUCGCGAGUGGUGAGGUUGACUGCAGCAUGGAGCACCUCCCUUCUCUCGAGCGUGUUGUGGUUUUUCUGCAGCGUGAUAAUUCCAGCAAUGACGGGGAGGAGACACCCAGGGCUUGGCUGAAGCGCGCAGCAGAAGCCCAUCCAAAACGUCCCACCAUGAAAAUCUAUUAGACAUGAGUGCUGACAUGCCUUUGCCGCCAGUAAGACCUCCAGUGAAAUCCUGGAGUCAGGCACUAGUACAGUAGUAAUUCCAUCAGUUGCCAUGGACAUUGCUUCAACAUUCCGAUAGGUAACAAACAAUUCACUGUGCCACUGCAGGAAGCAAUCCAGCCGCUCUCCACCUAUGUUUGGACUGUCUUUUGCUCCGAUUUUUGUACGGCGUGAUAUCACUCGUACAUGGACUUGAAUCAACUGAUGACUGUCGUACAAAAAUCAUACAAAAGUUGUCGUACGUGUAGCAGGACUCUUUGCUAAAGAGAGGCUUCCUCACGUUGUUCACGAUGAACAAUUUUUUUUCUGCGUAUGCUUUCAGAAAUACAACACCUCAUUUCCUUUAUUCA